AUGGCGGAGCUCGACCAGUUGCCUGACGAGAGUUCUUCAGCAAAAGCACUUGUUAGUUUAAAAGAGGGAAGCUUAUCCAACACAUGGAAUGAAAAAUACAGUUCCUUACAGAAGACUCUGGUUUGGAAAGGCAAGAACACAGCUUCUUCAGUAGAAAUGUCCUUCAGAAAUUCAAAACGAAGCUGUCUUUUUUGUGAAGAUGAUGACAGACAAUUAAGUACAAGAUCCCCCAAAAGAAAUCAGAGAGUUGCAAUGGUUCCACAGAAAUUUACAGCAACAAUGUCAACACCAGACAAGAAAGCUUCACAGAAGAUUGGCUUCUGGCUACGAAACCUUCUCAAACUUCCUAAGGCACAUAAGUGGUGUAUAUAUGAGUGGUUCUAUUCCAAUAUAGAUAAACCAUUAUUUGAAGGAGAUAAUGACUUUUGUGUCUGUCUAAAAGAGUCUUUUCCUAAUCUAAAGACCCGAAAGUUAACAAGAGUGGAAUGGGGGAAAAUUAGACGGCUGAUGGGAAAACCACGGAGGUGUUCUUCAGCAUUUUUUGAAGAAGAAAGAGCAGCAUUAAAACAGAAAUGGCAAAAAAUUCGGCUCCUACAACAAAGGAAGGUUGCAGAUGUUUCCUAAUUCAAAGAUCUUCCAGAUGAGAUUCCUCUUCCUUUGGUCAUUGGGACGAAGGUUACAGCACGAUUGCGUGGUGUUCAUGAUGGCCUCUUUACUGGGCAGAUAGAUGCUGUAGACACACUUAAUGCCACUUAUAGAGUUACAUUUGAUAGAGCAGGACUUGGAACCCAUACUGUCCCUGAUUAUGAAGUUCUGAGCAAUGAGCCUCAUGAAACAAUGCCAAUUGCUGCCUUUGGACAAAAACAGUGGCCGUCUCGAUUUUUCAUGACUCCACCACGGUUACAUUAUAGUCCUCCUCUCCAGUCACCAAUUACAGAUAAUGAUCCUUUAUUAGGACAGUCACCAUGGAGAAGCAAACUUCCAGGUUCAGAUACGGAAACAUUAGGUGGUUUUCCAGUGGAAUUCCUUAUCCAAGUAACUAGAUUAUCAAAAAUUCUUAUGAUUAAAAAGGAGCACAUCAAGAAAUUAAGGGAAAUGAACACAGAGGCAGAAAAAUUGAAGUCCUAUUCUAUGCCCAUCAGCAUUGAAUUUCAGAGGAGAUAUGCAACUAUUGUUCUAGAUCUUGAACAGCUGAACAAGGAUCUAAACAAAGUUUUACAUAAAGUUCAGCAGUACUGUUAUGAGCUUGCUCCAGACCAAGGACUCCAGCCUGCAGACCAACCAACAGAUAUGAGACGCAGAUGUGAAGAAGAAGCGCAAGAAAUUGUUAGACAUGCAAAUGCAUCUACUGGACAACCCUGUGUUGAAAAUGAAAAUCUUACUGAAUUAAUCUCUAGACUUACAGCAAUAUUAUUACAGAUUAAGUGUCUAGCAGAAGGAGGUGACCUGAAUUCCUUUGAAUUCAAAUCACUUACUGAUUCACUUAAUGACAUCAAGAGUUCAAUAGAUGCUUCUAAUAUCAGUUGUUUUCAGAAUUAUGUUGAGAUCCAUGUUGCACAUAUUCAGAGUGGCCUGAGUCAGAUGGGAAACUUACAUGCCUUUGCAGCUAAUAACACCAACAGAGACUGAAAAGAAAGUUUAAUUAUUCCAAAUGUACAAGACAUAGUUUUGGAAAAUCUUGCUCCAUUAUACAGGCUUUCAACACCAAAUAACUUAUCUGCUGGUAAACAAGAAGAAAGACUCUCCAAAAA